AUGGGUGUUCGGUUCCCUGUUAUAGUAACUUGCUUCUGUUUGCUAGCUUGCAACCCUCUUGAAGCCAGACAUCAGUCCCGUAUCUGCUGGUACAAAGUUUUACAAGAGAUCAUCAGGAGCCUGAAUUUCCUCAAAGAGCAGAAGGUUUCCUGUAAGCAGAUGAACGUGUCAGAUAUUUUUGAAGACCCAAAGGAGAACAACCAGUCGGAAAUGUUAUGUAAAGCUGCAGCUGUUCUUACAAAAGCCCAGUGCUUCUGUCAGGAGUGCCGUCAUUUGAAAGUUAUUCGCGUUAACUUAUUGGAACUUACUCGUACGGUCCGAUGUCCAGUGAACACAACGAGCAAUACUACAUUACACGGAUUUCUAGAGAGGCUAACGGAUUUAUCCCAGAUGAUAAUGAAGCAAAAUCUUGUUCAUUAG